CUGCCUCGAUCUGUCGCCUCUUGGAUCUCCCCUGAGCUCAGCUGCUCGUGGAUCCUCUCGCUCACAGAGCUGAGUGCGUACACCGGCACGUCUGCUUUUUAAACUGCGCUGCUCGGGGUGUGUUGCUGCCACAUGGGUGAAGGGUUGACCAGCUCGGCUCUGGACCGGACUUAAAACCCAUGAUCCCCUGCCAUCUCUGGCAUCCUCUCUCAUCACUAAGAUGGGAAAUGCCUCCGAAACAUUUCUGAUCGUGUCCAGAAUAUCAAAAGACAAUGACUUCCUCAUGGGAACUCUCUACACCAUUUUUGGUGUACUCUCAAUGCUGGGGAAUGGGAUCCUGCUGUUUGUGGCCUAUAGAAAGAAGUCCUCCCUGAAGCCUGCAGAGUUCUUUGUGGUCAACCUGGCCAUCAGUGACCUGAGUAUGACCUUAAGCCUGUUUCCAAUGGCUAUCGCCUCAGCCUACGCUCACAUGUGGCUGUUCAGUCAGACCACCUGCAUGUUCUAUGCCUUCUGUGGUGUUUUGUUUGGCCUGUGCAGUCUGACCAACCUCACGGUGCUCUCCUGCGUGUGCUGGCUCAAAGUCUGCUGCCCAAACUAUGGUAACAAGUUCUCAUACUGCCACGCCUACCUAUUGGUGGCUGGGGUCUGGUGCUACGCUGCCAUUUUCGCCGUGGGUCCACUGUCGGGUUGGGGGGAGUUUGGCGCCGAGCCUUACGGUACAGCCUGCUGCAUUAACUGGCACGCACCCAGCCAGAACUCUGCAGCUAUGAGCUACAUCAUUUGCCUCUUCUUCUGCUGCUACAUUGUACCCUGCACCAUCAUCUUCCUGUCCUACACGUUCAUCCUGAUGACCGUCCGGGGAUCACGACAGGCUGUGCAGCAGCACAUGUCCCCGCAGAACAAGAUCACCAAUGCACAUGCACUUAUCAUAAAGCUUUCGGUGGCAGUUUGCAUCGGUUUCCUGACGGCAUGGAGCCCAUACGCCAUUGUGUCCAUGUGGGCAGCUUUUGGAAACCCAGCAACUGUUCCACCCAUGGCUUUUGCUGUGGCAGCUAUAUUAGCAAAGUCCUCUACCCUUUACAACCCCAUAGUCUAUCUGGUUUUCAAGCCAAACUUCCGCAAGUCCCUGUGCCGGGAUGUGGCGUUGUGCAGGAGGUCACUCUGUGGAUGUCCGUCCAGCUCGGCACAGAAGGGACCGCAUCACAAAGAAGAGUGCAACUCGACAAGGUUGUCAAAUGGGCUAGUGGAAAACCACAGGACCUGCAGACACUGUCCUUGCCCUGAAAUGGCAGCUGGUGCCGGGGAAAACUUUCUGGACUACAGCCCCCAGCAGACUGCCAGGAUACUUAAAGGAUCAGCACACAGCGAGGUGGCUGUGAGUCAGCUGUCCAACGAGAUGCAGAGCGACUUCCUCUAAAGUCGCAAACAAAGCAUGACAAUGAAUAGGUAAAGGAAAGAGGAGGAAUAGAGAUGAAUAUGGCAGGAAUGAAGGAUUAACGGCAGGUUUGGGAAAAGGGAAAAUAAGAGAUUAUGUGAAAGAAGAAAUGUUACAAAGAUGAAGGUCGAAGUUGGAGAAGUGUGUUUUUUUCCUCAUGCCUCAAAUAUGUGAUACUGCCAAAAAAACAACUGACCACAGAGUUAGACGCCAACCCAGGAGGAUAAGCAAGCCAAACAGACAACAGGAAACUGUAGUGGUAUACAUCUGUGUCUCAUUAGGUCAAUCUAACCUGCAUCCACAACUAUCUGAUCACUUUGACUGAGAUCAUGGAGUCCCAAUGCAAAUCAAUUCAAGCUGGAUCAAUUCAAGCUGGAUUUGAAGGAGCAACUAAAAUGAAACUUCUACUCCCUAAAUGACCUCUUAUGUAUUUAUAAGUACUGUAUUUAAUAAUGUAUUUGAUUUGAUAAGUAUUUAUUUAUGCAUGCCUCAAAUUGAAGGACCACAGGGUUGGUUUUAUUAUCUUUAAAGAGAAAAUGCAUUAAGAUUUCAAAGCCUCAAUUACUGUCAGCCUCAUUUCUAUCUACAUUAAUUAAGACUAAGAAGGAGGUGGAAAACAAAACAUUUGAAGGAAGGAUUUGGCUUUGUGAGACCAUUGUAACUAGAGUUUAAAUGAACAAGGACCUCCAUCAAUAAUGCCCAGGAGAGGUUUGCAUUGAUUCCUCUGCAAAGACAAGUCACCAAUAUCAAUUUUGUUCAAUCAGCUGUGUCCAGCAUAGAAGGCAUGACUGAAUAAGGAAAGCAGGAGAGCAGGGGAAGGACUCAGGAUAACAAAAUCUAUAACGUGUUUGUAUUAAGUAAUGUGUGCAGCUUCCAGACAUGAAAUCCAGAAAAAAAAAAAAAAAAAAUGCUCAGAAGAAAGUAAUUAUGGGAAGAGAAGGAAAAGGCAUAUUAUGUUGUAUCAGAGGUAUUAGCUAGUGCUAGCUAGUCUUGUAGAGUUCAUAAAACAGACUCUUCUGCUGUGGACAAGGAUUAAGAGGAAAAUGGAAAUUGAGUCACACAAUGGCAUGUUUAAUUUGCAGCAGGCAUGUGAUCUUAAAAUGUGCCAGGGAGUGCUGACAAGUAAGAAAUGAUUCUGUUUUUGUUUUUACAACCAAAGUAAUGCAGAGUGAAAACAAACAUACAUCAAAAUUGGUUUAAAAAAUGGCUGACAUUUUAGUCUGUAUUUAAGCAGAAAGUUUGAUGUUUUUUAUUGUCUAAGUUCAAGUAAGCCCACUAUGCUGCUGAACUGUAAAAACUAGUGACAUUAGGAGGAAGAUAAACUUGUUUUAUAAGUUUUUAAGUAAAUGUAUGCGUGCGCAUGAUGGCCGCCAUGUCCCAAGUGUCUCUUUGGUGCACGUCCUAAAAAAUUAGCAUGAUGUUGAGGUGAAGUGCAGUAUUCAUUUGGCAAAUUGGAGCAGUGCAGAGGCAGGGAAGAAUCGCAGAGUCAACACAGCAGCAGGGAUAACAGUGGUGCUGAAUGCAGGCAGACCAUAUAUCUGGGACAGAGAGGUUUGUCUUUAAAGUCUUUAUGGAAACCUGUAUAACGUAUAGAAACAAUAUAAACAACAAUUAUAUUAGUUAAAUGAGCAGUCCUAUAAGCUGGUGAAUUCCAACCUAGUGCAUUUGUCAUCCAUCCAUCCAGCCAUCCAUCCCUCUUCCAAAGUUCAUAGUGACAGCAGGCCAAGCAAGUCACCCAGACAUCCCUCAUCCAAGCAACAUUAAUGGGAUGGGAUACAUAAUCCCUCCAGUGAGUUUUGGGUCAGCUCCAGGAUCUCUAACCUGUUGGACAUGCCUGGAAGACCUCCAAAAAGAGGUGACCAGGAGGCUUCAUGAGAGGCGUCAGAGGCCCAAACUACCUCAACUGGCUCCCUUUAUCAUAAUGGAACAGCAGCUCUACUCCAGGUUCUAGUGCCCUAUGAUUUCCAUGAAUCAUGGACAGAAAUGCAGAAUUAUCCAGUAAAAAGAGAAUCCACUGAUAAACCCAGAAAAUCACAGAAAUUGACAUAGUUUGACUUUCCUGAGAGAGAGAAAUGUGUAUUUGGGGAGACUUCUAGGGGGGAGGACUAAUGAUUGGCACAACGUGUGCAUCACUUCACAAAUACUCACCUGCUCCCCUCCAAAACAAUGCAAAUGUGUCAAAGCGGCCGCCUGAAAGCUGGAAAACACUAUGAAGCUCUACUGAGUGCUGUGCAGUGCAACCUAAUGUUGAACAUACUCUUAGAAAACUGGAGUUAUUUUACCUCAUCACACCAGUGAGUCAAAGAGUGAGUGAGGUGUGGUACACAGGUACACAACUAUGACUCCAGGCUGAAGUACUCGCCCUUCAAAAGCUUCAGACUUGAGUUGGACUCGAGUGUUUCUAUGGAGGCCUGUGGGCUACAUGAUGUGAAAUCCAUCAGUCACCACGAUUGCCCAUCCUCAUUCAUUUAACCUGUUCCUCUCGCUCUGUUUCUCCACCAGAUGAAUCUCAUUUUGAUCCCUCGUAUCCACAGCCUUAUUAUUUCGGUUGCUACCCAAACCUUUUUAUCAGGGUUGGAACAAAAAUUGUCAGUUAAAAUGAAAGUUUUGCCUUCUAGCUAAGCUCCUUUUUCACCUCAACAGUUCAAUGCAACGCCUACGACACUGCUGAUGCUUGCCGAUCCCCCUGUCAGUCUCAUGGUCCGUUCUGCCCACUCUCAGCCUGAGAAACUUGACCUUCUUUACUUGGGGCAAAGAUUCACUCCUCAUCCAGUGGAAGCAACCCACGUUUUUCUCACAGAGAACUAUAGCCUUGGACUUGAAGGUGCUGACCCUCAUCCUGUGUUUCCUCAUGAAACUCAUACCUGAUGAGUUUAGUUUGACAUUAUAGGGAAAAACUAAGGGAAGAGGCACAUGUUAACUCUGUUUUCAGCCUGCUGUCACUAGUUUAUGUAUGGAUGCAUUGAGCUGAGGGUCACCAGUUAACAAGGCAACGCAUUAAACCAAAACACCAGAGUCAUUGCAAAUGUGCACGGAGGAACAUGUAAGAGAAACAGAGUUGAACAGCAUCUUGUCUGCUGGCGAAAAAAGACCAUUUUGGUCUCAUCAGACCAAAUAACUUUCUUCCACUUGA